AUGGCAAGGGCAGAGGAAAUGCACGCAUGGACUGUAAAAAUGAGCACCCCGAGUGUUUUGGCCGUGGUGACGGUGUUUUCCAUGAUUCCCGGCGGGGUGCUGAGCGAUACGAGAGGCGCUCAGGGUCUGGAAGCUCAACAACUGGCCCAGGGGUCCUCGAUUCUGCACCGCCGCCUGAAGAGAGGCUGGAUCUGGAAGCAGCUGUUUGUCCCCGAGGAAGAUCCCACUCCUCGUGUUAUUGGCCAGGUAAAGCCUCACAUUGAAUGCGCGCCAUGGACCACGGUGGCCCAGGUGACGGCCACAGAUGCGGACGAUCCCAUGUUCGGAAACAACGCCAAGCUCAUCUACUCCAUCCUGCAGGGGGAGCCCUACUUCUCCGUGGAGCCCAAGACAGGGCUUAUCGUUACAUCUUGGCCCAACAUGGACCGUGAGGCCAGAGAGGAGUACCUGGUGGUGGUGCAGGUGAAGGACAUGCUGGGCCUCAGCGGCGGCUACUCCUCCUCCACCACGGUGACCGUCAGCCUGACCGACGUCAACGACAACGGACCCACUUUCCAUCAGCAUCUAUACAACUUCGCCAUCUCUGAAAACGCAGUUGUGGGUACGACGGUGGGCAGAAUUAAGGCAGAAGAUGGAGACACCGGCAUCAACGCGAGGAUGACGUACACUUUGGAGGACGACCUGGAAGAAAGUGCUACCUUUAUCAUCCAAACAGAUCCGGAAACUCAGGAGGGAGUGAUUCUGCUGGCAAAGCCUUUGGACUUUGAAUCCAAAAGGAGGUACGUGGUGGCUGCGGAGGCGGCCAACGACCACGUCGACACUCGCUUUCUGGCUCCGGACGAGUUCAGGGACCGGACCAGGCUCAAGAUCGUGGUGGAGGACGUGGACGAGCCUCCCGUCUUCCUCCGCCCCGUCUACGAGUGGAAGGUCCCCGAGAAUGUGGCCGUGGGAACGGCGGUCGGCGGCGUCGGCGCCAGAGACACCGACGUAGUCAACAACGCCAUCAGAUACUCCAUCGACAAAAGGAGCGAUGCCACAAAAGCUUUCCAAAUAGACCCAAACAAUGGCACCAUAGCUGUUGUGAAAGCUUUGGACCGCGAGACAACCGAGUGGCACAAUGUGACAGUUGAAGCCACAGAAACAAGUAAGGAGAAUUUUUUUGAUUCUUUGUCUACUUCUGGCUCAUUUAUUCCCCCCUAUAAAGAAACCCUGUCAAUUCUAGGUGUAUGA